AUGGUCCAACUUCUCCCUUACGUCGCCUCUCUCCUAGCCCUCGGACAGGCUGUAGCUGCUGCCAAGGCAGUUACUUCCUUUUCCGAAUGGGUUGAUGGCAUUCUUGAGAACCCAGAUGGUGACAACAUGACACCCGAGGAGGUCGUCGUUGCCUUCAAGAGUGGAGAAUUCAAUUCUUCACCAUCAGCCAAGUUCAGUCGUAGCUUGUACGAGAAGCGCGCUACAUGCUAUGAGGCCGCGAACACAGAUUGCCUGAUCACAGAUGCUGUUGCAUGCAUCAACACCGUCGCCCGCAAGACGAACUGCAAGAACGUUUAUCUGCAAUGCCAGAUCAACACGGCCGCAUUGACGACCGACGGUAACAAAGACUCUUCCUGCUCGUAUCUUACCACACUCGAUCAGGAAUACUGCGUCUACACAUCCAACACAACAGGCCCACAUGGCCUUUCCCUCGUCUUCUCCCCGGCUUCCGCGCACUUAGCAACAAGAUAUCUCGACGACAACCCAAUCGAUAGUUUCUUAACGCAGCAAGAAGCUGAACGUCUGUACCUUGGCCGCCAACCAUGGAAGAUCGUCGACGUACCUGGGAAAGCGAAAGGCGUAGUAGCUACUCGGAAGAUUAAGAUGUACGAGACAUUCAUGAUUGACCAAGCAGCUGUUGUGGUAGACGUAGAAGCAGAGAGUGCUUUGAGUGAUGUGGAGAACAAGAAGUUGUUGAAGAGGGCAGUGGAUCAAUUGCUCGUGCCGGGUAUGAUUCGAGAUAUGAGCGCUGCGCAUGCCGGAAACAGAGGCGACGCCAAUGAAGGUGGCGAGGAACAGGACACAGAAGGGAGAUUGGAAGAAGAUAUUAUGAAGACAAAUUCUUAUGGAAGUACGGUGGCUGAGGUUAGCUCCAAGGCGUUAUAUCCACUUAUUUCACGAAUAAACCAUGCCUGCAACCCAAAUUCCUUCGUUCUUUUCUCUCGCGCUGGCGUCUCAAUGGCCAUAAAAGCCUACCGCGAUAUCGAACCUGGCGAGGAAAUCACCGUAUCCUACCUCCUCCUAGGCCUCCCCUCUCCGAAACGCCAAUCUCUAAUAAAGCGCUGGGGUUUCAAAUGCACAUGCGACCUAUGUAGCCUCCCUACCCAAGAACGACAGGCUUCAGAUCUCCGCCGCACCUUGAUCGCGCAAGCCGAGGAAAAGAUCAUAGAACUAGCGCAAGAGUACAAACUCACAGAAGCGAUCUCUCUGGCAGAAGAAUCUGUGGAGAUGAUCAAGGAAGAGGGGAUUUGGCCUAUGUUGACGGACGAGUACGCCAUGUUGGCGAUGCUAUGGUUGGAGAAGGGGGAGAAAGGGAAGGCGGAAAUGUACGGUAAGAAGACGCAUAGGCUAUUGGCAGACCUGGGAUUCUUGGGUAUUGGAGAGGAGAGGGAGGCGUGGAAUCUGGAGACGCUGUUGACGAACAUUGGAGGGCUGGGUGGUAUGGGUGAGGCAUGGAAGAAGGGCCCGUUGAGAGGCUGA